CGACGCACGAGUCCAGCGGUCCAGCCCCAAACCCUCACCACACCCUCUCCGUCUCUCACCACCAACCACGCGGCGCCGCCACUGGCCAUCCCCUCGCCGCCGGCGCCUCCCCGCCGCCAUGCUCCGGCUACGAAGCUGCAUCCUCACCCAGCUCCUCUCUUCUCCCUACGCCUCCCAUGUCUCUCCUCUCCACCGCCUCCUCUCCGCCGCAGCCGCCUCCGCCGUUUCCCCGGCCCCUGGCUUCGCCGCAGAGGAGUACCUCGUCUCCUCCUGCGGCCUGACCCAUGCCCAGGCACUCAAGGUCUCCGCCAAGCUGUCCCACCUCAAGUCCCCCGCCAAGCCCGACGCCGUCCUCGCCUUCCUCGCCGGCAUCGGCCUCUCCGCCGCCGACGUCGCCACCGCCGUCGCCAAGGACCCGCUGUUACUCUGCGCCGGCGUGGAGAGAACCCUGGCCCCCGUCGUCGACGGGCUCACCGGCCUCGGCCUCUCGCGCUCUGAGGUCGCGCGCAUCGCCGUGCUCGUCCCCGGCAAAUUCCGCUGCAGAUCCAUCGUCUCCGCUGUACACUACUACCUGAAUCUCUUCGGGUCCAUGGACGACUUGCUUCGGUUGCUCAAACGCGGCUUCUGGCUACAAGGUUCUGACCUCGAGAGGGUGGUCAAGCCCAACGUCGCGUUCCUCCAGGAGUGCGGGCUACAUGAUUGCCACAUUGCCAAGCUGUGCAUCCGUGUGCCAAUGAUCCUCACAAUCAACCAGCAGCGCCUCCGGGCGAUGGUGGCAUGUGCCAAAGCUCUCUGUGUGCCGCAUGGCUCCGGGAUGUUGGGACAAGCGUUGCAGGCUGUCGCAUUCUUUGACGAGGAGAAGAUCGCCGCCAAGGUGGAAUACCUGAAGAAGACAUUUAGGUGGUCGGAUACUGAGGUGGGCAUUGCUUUGCCCAAGGCUCCGGUGGUGCUGAGGUCUUGCAAGGAAAGGCUGCAACGUGUCGCAGAGUUCCUCAUCUCCGAGGUGGGGUUGGAACCAGGGUACAUUGCUCAUCGGCCGGCGCUUCUCACUUACAGCCUGGAUGAUCGGCUCAGGCCCCGGUACUAUGUUGUGAAGUUUCUCAAGGAAAAUGGAUUGCUACAUCGCGACCGGGAUUACUAUUAUGCAGCCGCGGCGACUCCGAAGGUAUUCAUGGAGAAGUUCAUAUUCCCACACAAGGAAGCUGCACCGCACCUUGCUGAAGACUAUGCAGCAGCUUGCAGAGGGGAAGUGCUGGCUAGAUUCAGAUUUACAUGAAACAUGACCGGAAUGAAAAUUGGUAUGUUUCAUUUUGUCAUUCAUUAGAGAAGAAAGCAUAGCACUGCUAUCAACUUGUCCUUCAUCACGUCAUAUUGUAACUAAGAGUGAGAGAUCAGGGCAUCCUCAAGCCCUUUGAAGUAUCAGUUAGUAGUAUUUCUGCGCACUCUGUAUCUUUAUGUUGUGAAAUGGCCAUUGCAAUUUCAGUGCAAUCUUCAACCUAUCUUUCCAUGAACACAUGUUCCCAUUUCGGCCAUGAAGAUGAUUUGAGACUUUCCUUUAGAUGAAAA